AUGCAUACAGCAUUCGAAAAUGAAUCUGAAAGUAAAGCGCUACUUCUGUGCUCUUUGGCGUGUGCCAGUAGCACCCAGUGCAUUGCUUUCAACUUCUAUCACGAUUCUUACCUCUGUGAAACUUUUGACAGUAAACCACGUGCGUGUUUCAUUUACAUCGAAAAUUGCUCUCACAGGUAUCUUGCAAGUUCGUUUAAUCGUAAUUUAUCGGUCAACAUCAACUUUGGAUUUGCAACGUUGUAUAUUGAUGGCGAACAGCAGCCAAAUAUCUCAAACUGGAACAUGAAUGCUGCUACUAACAAAAUCUCAGUCCCGUUUAACGCAAAAGUCAUUGCGAUUGAAGUUCUGAAUUUUCUUCAGAAGAAUUACAUCCAGGCCUUCAGUGACGAUGGUUACAUCAAGACAGACACGACAUGGAGGUGUUCCACAUUGCCUCCAACACUGGAUUCCAAUAACAACAACUGGUUCGAUCCUGAGUACGAUGACUCCAGCUGGCCACCAGCCAUCAAUGUUGAUACAAAUUUUAAGGGGUAUUAUGGAUCUCUGAGAAUUUGGGCGGAUAACCGCUACGAUGCUUUCUGCAGGAAGAAUCUCUGCAUCUGA